AGUCGCCAUGGAUACGGUGAUCAGAGAGCUGCUCCCCCAGCAGCAGCCCCGGACCAUCGAGAGGAGAGACCUGCAGUACAUCACCAUCAGUAAGGAGGAGCUGACGUCCAGCGACAGUCUGUCUCCUGACCCCUGGAAGAGAGACGCCCGAGAGAAGGCCGAGAAGCAGCAGCAGCUUCACAUCGUAGACCUGCUGGACAAAGAGAUCCAGGAGCUGCAGUCGAAGCCGGAGCGAACGGCGGAGGAGAGCGACCGGCUCAGGAAGCUGAUGCUGGAGUGGCAGUUCCAGAAACGCCUGCAGGAGUCCAAGCAGAGCGACGAAGACGAGGAGGAGGAAGACGACGAGGACGUGGACACCAUGAUGAUCAUGCAGAGGCUGGAGGCCGAGAAGAGAGCCAGGUUGCAGGACGAGGAGAGGCGACGUAAGCAGCAGCUGGAGGAGAUUCGUAAGCGUGAGGCGGAGGAGCGAGCAAAGCAGGAGGAGGAGAGGAGAUGGAGAGAGGAGGAGAGAGCCAAGCGAACCGAGGCCGAGGAGAAGAGGAGACAGGAGGAGGAGUACUACACUCGCCUGGAAGCCGGGCGGCGCCGGCAGCACGAAGAGGCGGAGAGAAAGCUGCUGACGCCCGACGAGCCCGCCGGUCUGUAUCGGCCCCCUCUGCCCCGGGACUACCAACCCCCCGCCCCCCACAACCCUACUAACAACCCCCCGCCACCCCCACAGAGAAACACCUCCUACCUCAAAACCCAGGUUGCCUCCCCCGACACGCUCUACACCGCCAAGUUCGUCUCCUACGCGGGCGACGAGGAUGACGAUGAGGAAGCCACCAAAGCAGUCGGCGGCGGCGGCGGCGGCGGCGGCAUCGGCCAAUCAGGUCAGGUGAAGCUGUCGGCGACGCGGAAGUCGUACGGCGACCUCCCGGCGUCCGCCUCCUCGCCCAAUCACGGCAGGCCUCAGCCGCCGCCCACUGCCCGAAAGCCGCGCCCUCUUUCCGACGGCAUCUUCCUGUCUGCCUCGUUCCAGCCGCCAUUCAACAACAACUCCAACAGUACAGGCCCCCCCCUUCCUGCCAAACCCAGCUCCGUCCCCCCGGGAGGCGUUAAAGGAUUUAACUCGUACACUGGAAACUCAGCAGGAGUUGUAGGAUCGGGAGAAGUCUACAACGACCCGCGGGACAAAUGGACGAAGAGUCAGGAGCAGGAGAACUCGAUCCCCGGCGGCGGCGGCGGCGCUCCUCCCGAGAGUCUCACCUUCAAGGAGCGCCAGCGUCUCUUCUCUCAGGGGAAGGAAGUUUCCAACAAAGUAAAAGCUUCACGUAAACUCAUGGAGCUGGAGAACGAGCUCAACACCAAGUAGUCACCCUGACCCCUGACCCCUGACCACCCCCCCCCCCCCCCCACCACCACCCCUUAUCACUCCUAACGCCACCUCAACGCUGACAUCACCACCCUGGCGUAACGUUCAGGUGCCGCUGGGACAAAAGAAAACCGGGUUCGACCAGUCUCCUCCUGUUUGUGUCGUUUUUAAUUAUUCCACCUUUUUUAUUUUUUAUUUUAAUCAUUGAAUAACUGGACCAUUCACUCUUUCUUUUUAUUUUUCUUUAUUUUAUUUUAUUUUUUUUGGACGUAGCUAUAUCGUUGCAAAUAGGAGAGAGACAUUUAUGGCUUAUUAAAAAAAAAAAUAAGACAAGUUUUUUUUUUUUCUUCCCCUCGUUAUAUAAAGCUCUGUCAAAGAUUAUAUAAUGAUAAAGCACUGUAUAAAAGUUUUAAUUAUUAUCUAGUUUGGAGGGAAAUUUGAGAAUCACACUUUCAAAAUAAAAGCAUUGGGGAGGGGGGGUCAAUUUCUUUUUGUGUGUGUGUAAAAUGGUUCUCGAGGUGGAAGCGAGGGGUGAAAAGGAGAAAUUUAAAAAAAAGGUUUAAUGCUCCGUUUUAAUUUUUUUUUUUUAAUUUUAUUUUAAAUAGCUUACUGAAAUAUGAACAAUUUUUAUGAUGUAAUUUUAUUUUAUGCAUUUUUUUUUCUUUUGCAUCAUGGUUUUUUUUUUUUUUUCACGCUUUUAUUUUGAAAUGCGCCCACGAUUGAGCUCCAGACCAAUCUUCUUUUCAAUUGCUUUUAUUCUUUUUAAUUUUAAUUAUUUUUUAAUUAAAUUCUCAGUGAGUGAAAACACUGUUAUAUUUCAUUCCUUAGCAAAAUAAAAGCAUGGGAUUUUAAUUUUUAAUUUUUUUUUUUUUUUUUGGUGAUGUUUUUUUUAGAUAUUAAACUUUGGAGGAUUUUUAACAGUCCAGAGAGAAGGAUCUUUUUAUUUCUUUUUAUUUCUUUUCUUUUUUUUUUUUGUUAUUAUAAUUAAAGUGCACAACAUUACUGUAAAUAUUUGGGUCCACAAACUGUCUCACUCUUUACUACUGUAGAAACCUGCCAGGCUACUAAAAAAAUAAACUUCAACACUAAUGUGA